AUGGAUCCUAAAUUUAAUGCUUAAGAUACUUUUCAAUGUUAAUAAUGCAAAAUUUAUGUAAAUAAAUCUUCCCAAUAAGUUCAUGAGGCUAGUUGUUAAUCAAUUUUUAAAGUAUGCUUAUUAUAAAUAAUAUAUUAGAACUCUUAAGGAAUAAUUAAUAACAAGGAUGUUAAACCUUUUGUUCCAAAUAUUCACUAAAAUUAAUCAAAAGAUCAAAAUAAUGGCUUCAAAUAGAUUCCUCUUACAUAAAUUCCUUAAAUAAUACCUUAAUAAAAUAAUACAGGAAUACAAAAUUUCCAAAAAAUAUAAGCAUAAUAGUUUCCCAAGGCACCUGUUUAAAAUUUCUAAUUUUAAGAUAACUAAAAAAUUAGAAAUUAACCAAAUUAACUCUAAUUUAAUCAACCUGACUUAAAUUCAGAUGGCUAAUGUUAAGGAAUUAGAUUCUUUCCUAAAGAAAAACCAAUUUAAAAUUUGGAAACCAAUAACUAAAAAUUACCUUAAUAAAUAUUUCCAUAGGUACCCUUAACACUUUAAAAAAAUUAAGUUUAAUAGUAAAUUCUAUUACCAUAAUAAUAAUAAAAUUCCAAUAUUUUUUAGAUCAACUCUGAAAUAGGACGAAAUCAGAAUCAAACCAAAUUUCAAAACUAACAAGGAAAUUUUGGUGCCUUUCAAAAUUAAAAAUAGAUUUAAGAAUAAUCAAAAAUAUUCAUAACUUAAGAAUAAUAAAAUAAAGUGAAUAUAAAUUAAUAAUAAAGUGCUCCAAAUUUUAGAAAAAUAGAUACUUUACAAUAAAAACAAAUCAAAGUUAAUCCUCCUAUUUAAAAUAAUAAUAUAUUUUAGAAUAAAAAUUUUUAAUAGUUCUAACCUUAAUAAUUCUAGUAAUAAUAACAUAACAUUUAUAAUAGUUAAAGCAUCAUUUAAUCUCCUCAAUUCCAAAAUUUUAAUUAAUAAUAAAAUAAUCGUUUGAAUGGAGAUAAUUAAAUUAUUAGUCAUUCCCAACCAAUUUAAGGAUAACCAUAUAUACCUCUUUAAUUUCCAGCUCCUUAGAUACCAUAAAAUAUUUAACCACCUCCUUCUAUUUAAUCAAUUUUUACAAGAUUUUCAAAUCCAUAUGAUAGUGAUGAUGAUGAUGAUGAUGAUGAUGAUAAUAAUGAAUACCAUUCAUUAAAUUUUUUAAAUAGAGGUUUACCUAAUUUUGAUGUAAACAAAUAGUAUACAGAUAGUGAUGUAAAUAGAAUGAAUUAAGAAUAAUUUUACUAAUAUUUUUCAAGUUUAUAUGUCAAUGAAAAUCAUGGAUAUUCAGAAGAUUAGAUUAAUUAAAAAAUAUGUAAGAACUUUUCAAUGAAAUUUGAUGAUAUUAGAAUUGAUAUAUGUGUAAUAUGUUAAGAAGAAUUUACUUAAGAAACAUUUACUACUGAUAAACAGUUACCAUGUUCCCAUUUAUUUCAUGAAAAUUGCCUAAUAGGAUGGUUAAAAAGAUCCAAAUAGUGUCCAAUCUGUAAAACAGAAAUAGAACUAUGA